CAGGUUUAAUACCCAUAAAUGCUGCCAGUGAUAUGUUUUGUGAAAAAUACAAUGAGACAUUGUGCAGUAGUAAUAGUAAUGGUGAUGGAUGCAAUGGAACUGAAGAGUGUAAACCCGGUGAAAAUGAAAAAGGAAAUCUAUGUUAUGUGCUAUGGCAAAAUAGCAGUAAAAUUUUAACCAUCAAAUUAAAAGGGUGCUGGGUUGGUAGUCAAGAUGCUUGCAGCAAUAAUAGAAAUCGUUGUAUGGAAACACGCCAUGCGCCUAAUGUACAACUUCUCUUUUGCUGCUGUGAAGGAUCUAUGUGCAAUCGUGUAAUGGCUGUACCUGCUGGCUUAUUUGCUCCUACUCCUGCAAUUGCUAAGCCAAGCACUGCAGCUCCAAUUCGCAUGGCAUCAAGCAGUCGUCAAGUGCGUAACAUAUUGCUUUUUACUAUGCUACCAUUUCUUAUCAUAACAUUAGUUGUGGCUCUAGGUUACUGGUUAUAUCGUCGACAUAAAAUGACUCUUUUCAACGAACUCCCAACUACUGACCCAUCUCCUCUUCCACCACCAUCACCAUUACUUGGACUUCUUCCAAUUCAACUAAUUGAAGUCAAAGCUCAAGGUAGAUUUGGUGCUGUUUGGAAGGCACUGGUUAAUAAUGAACCUGUUGCUGUAAAAAUAUUUCCCCCUCAGGAUAAAAGUUCUUGGAUUGUUGAGCAAGAAAUAUACCAAUUACCACAAAUGAAGCAUGAAAACAUUCUGAAUUUCAUUGGUGUUGAAAGACGAGGAGAUCAUUUUCAGAUUGAGUAUUGGCUCAUAUCAGCAUAUCACGAAAGAGGCUCUCUUUGUGAUUUCUUAAAGGCGAAUCUUGUUAAUUGGGGAGAUGUCCUUGGUAUUGCUGAUUCCAUUUCAAAGGGACUUAUGCAUCUGCAUGAAGAACUGCCUGCAAUGAAGGGAGAGGGCUACAAACCAGCAAUUGCACAUCGAGAUUUCAAGAGCAAAAAUGUGCUUAUAAAGAAUGAUAUGACUGCAUGUAUUGCUGAUUUUGGUUUGGCUUUAGUAUUUUAUCAAGGACAACCCCCUGGAGAAGCACAUGGUCAGGUUGGCACUCGUCGGUAUAUGGCACCUGAAGUAUUGGAAGGAGCGAUAAACUUUAAUAGAGAUGCUUUCUUGAGGAUAGAUAUGUAUGCUUGUGGUUUGGUGCUUUGGGAAUUGUUAUCCAGGUGUUCAGCCCAAGAAGGUCCUGUCGAUCAAUAUAUGCUACCAUUUGAAGACACUGUUGGCCAGCAUCCAACUUUGGAAGACAUGCAGGAAGUUGUAUCACAAAAAAAAAUGAGACCAAAGUUUAAAGAAUUCUGGAGAAAGCAUCCGGGCAUCAGUUCUUUGUGUGACACUAUUGAAGAAUGUUGGGAUCAAGAUGCUGAAGCUAGGUUAUCUGCCAGCUGUGUUCAAGAACGAUUAUCAUUUUUAUAUAAAACUCAGCCUCCUUACCAAGGAACACAAAUGAACAUGCUGAAAGAAAUAACUUGUUCUACUGCUACCUCAACUGUCUGCCCAGAUGUAGCUUCGGUGUCUAGAUCUCAACCUGUUUUACUGCCAAAAGAAUCUAGCAUAUAGGCAGAGGAGAAACAGUGUCAUAACAUUAUGUGCCACAACGACUAACUUCAAUCCUUGAAGGGUGGCUUUGUCAGUAGCGAUUUGCUAUUAGAGAUCAUUGAGUAACUGUGCAUGUGACUGGAUGUGUGUCCUGAAAAAAGCGAUAAUAAUCUUGCAAGAUACCUCUUGUAAAUUACAAGACUUCCUUGUGCCUUCUAUCCAGCUAGUACAAGUUUAUCACUACAGUGGGCUCUGCUCUGGUAUGCAGCAGCUUUUCAUAAUUCUAGCCUGUGCAAGGGGGAGGGAAGUGUGCCACAUCAGAAGCUUCAUUAAGUCCCCCUAAAUCUGUGUUUUGCAAUUGCUUUUAUUGAUAAAUUUUUUAGGUAAUGAUUUACUAGUUUUGCAUUUUAUUACAGCAUAUUGCAUACUCUCAAAAAUUUGCAAUAUGCAUUUUAUUUGGUGUCUGUGUUUAUAUUGUUUGUGAAAAAGACAAAUUUCAUAAUACACAAGAUUAAUUGUAGUGGGCUAGGAUUAACCACACUGUACUAUUUCUUCACGAAUACCAAUGGCUGCAGUGGAUUCUGUAUUUUUAAAUGACUUGGUUUAUAACAAAAUCAGCUUUAAAUGGACACAUCCAUGCUAAGUUGCACGUACAUUUUCUGUUCAUUGAUUAAAAUACGGGUUUUUAUCUAAAUAUUGGUGAUUGUUUAUUGUAUAUUCAAGUCAAGUAUGUCCUGGCUUAGAACUAAUAAGCUCCUGUGCUUAGUUGAGAUCUGAGAUUACAACUAUUAGUUGCCCUUAUCAAUGUUCCUAUUAUUCACUUGGCCACUAUGGCAUGCUGCCAGUACCUGAAUUCUGAAAUGGCAGGGAUUGCAUUUUAGUUUUUCUACAUUGUAGAAAAUAUCUUUUGAUUUCCCCUUCUGAAAAUGCAAAUAUUAGAAGAAGAGAAAUCUACCAAACUAAACUAAAUUGUAUCUUCAAGUACAAGAUAUCUGCUGUUGAGUUGUCAACUACCGAAUUAUUAAUGCAAUGAUCUACAGUUAAGGAAAAAUAUUAACCUGACAGCAAGUGCCAAAGCAGGGUUCUUUUGAAUUUGACUGAUGUAGAAUUGUCCCCUCCCCACAAGAAUGUCUAAUCAGAUGAUGAAUUUUUUUAAAAUUUUGCAGUCUUAGAUAUUGAAAACACAUAUUCAUGUCUUUACAUCAGAUUUGACAAGUGCUUUAAAAAGUAGGAGUUUGAGCUACAACAUUGCCAGUUCUAUAAAUAAGGCUGUGUAGAUUUUGUUCCUAGUUUUUUAUCUUGUACAGAAUAUAAUUUUUGACCUUUGGUGAUAGUUGCAGACGAGAGAAAUAUGGAGGAAAUCGAACCUUUGUAAAGUACUAUUUAUAUAUAUUAUUUGAAGAAUUAUGUACAGUUUCAGUUAUUUUCAUUUAGACUUUGAUUUUACAGUUUACUAAUUUACAUAGCAACACUGUUGUAUUAAAAGCUUUUACAAAAAAUUAUGAAUAAUUUAAAAUGGUGAAAAAUAUCCUUAUCAGCUUUUUGCAUUCACAGCUUUAAAGUAGAACAUUUGUUUAAUCAUUGUAAAGUUACCUUUUAAAAUAUUUAAUGAAAAUUAUGCAUCUAGCUUUUUAAAGUAGUUUUUUACACUACUCAUCAGUAUUAGUUUUAAAUAAUUUCAUUCAUUGUCUCUACAUAUAUUGUACCACUUUGCAAGAAUUCUAAUGAUUGGAUAUUACAAUCAAAAUCAUUUUAGUUUUAAUGUCAAGAGCUUAUAAUAAAUAGAAGUUAAAAAUAAUAAAUUAAAAAUCAUGGGCAAAAUAUUAAAUCUGUUUCAGUGUAACUUUUAAUCAAAAUAUAUUUAAUUUAUUUUUCUGCAACUUAAAAGUGAAAAAAAUAGUUUAACAUUGGCUGAGUUUAAUAGUAGAAAGUAAAUUAAAAAAAAAAAAGAUUUAAAAAGAAUGUAAAAAUUCUUAAAUGUUUAAUUUCUGUUAUGGUUAAAAUCAGUACACUUUUACCCUUUUUACUUAAAUUACUGGUCAAUACUUCUAAUUAAAAGGAAGCAUAAAAUUUUCUGUAAGCCUUUCGUCAGAUUUCGCUAGAAGCUAUUGUUUUAGUACAUUUUGCAGUGUCCCAAGAAAAGCAUGAUUCCAAAUUUCUUUCUGUCUGGGGAUAUGUAAAUAAACAGCAUUUAGAUUUCAUAAUUCACAAUGGUACACGAUUUUAAUGUUCUUAAAUAUGUAACUUGUAUUUUUAUCUUCUGUGUUGUUGAAAAAUUUUCUGUGACCUGACAUUGAAUACUGGAUAAAUAUUGUUAUAAAUGAAUUUAUAUGAAUUUAUUUUUCCCAAAUGUUGAUAUGUGUUUAGUCAUCUAUUCAUUUAGCAACUGAAAUUUGUAUGUGGAUUUCUAUAUUUAUAUUCGACUCUUAUUUAAAUAUUUCAUAUGUAUUUCACUAUUUUUCCUUUUAAAUUUUUUAUGCAUUAUGGUGCGUUGUCCCAAAUUCGGAAGUCCAAAUAUUUUGUGCUGUCUUAGGUAUUAUAUGUUAUAAAAUCAUUGAGCUUUAUAUACGUUAUGCAUAUUAUGUGUUUAUUUGCACAAAAUUGAAGUUUUAAAGAUGCUUUAUUGCAAAGCAGACUAACAGUAAUUGAUACAUUACUGGAAGAAAUGAUUAUUUAAUGCUUAUCGCUGACAGUUACUGUGAAGUAAAAUAUUUGAUUGUAGAAAAGUGCUCUGUUUUUGUAAACUUAUUAUAACAUCUUUCCAUAUUCUACUGUGUAGGUUAAACAGCUGCUACACUAUAUCAGUGAUGUUAUUUCGUUUUGGGGAUUUUAAUUAAUGAAUAGUAAGAUAUUUCUAAAGUCUGUUUGAAAUGUCUUUUCAUCCUUUAAAUGGUUUGUUUUUGCUUAGUAAUUUUGAGCAGGAAUUUAACCUUUUCUAGACAGUCGUCCCAUAUUCACAUUCCUUACAAAUGUCUCUCACAGCCAGACUUCCCUCCCUCUUGCAUCACUGGAGAAUGAGCUUUUGAGAUGGGUUAUGCAUAUGGAGUUUUAAGUUGAACCAUAUUACUACUAGAUGCUGUCCUGUAUCUGAACUGAAAGUAUAAUGUAAACGAACAGAGUUCGGUUCAUUAACUCGUCAUGUGAUUUAAACAUUUGUCAUUUGCAUUUCUAAUAUCCCACCAAAUCCCUUUUUUAUCCCCCUCCCAACUACUAUAUAGGAUCUUUUAGGGUUAUGUGGGUUUCUGCUUUUGAAUAUAUUAUGCUUAUUUUGCUUUUUAUUUCAGAAAGCAUUGACUUCAAUUUAUUAUGGCGAGAAAGUGUUAUUUAUCAGAGGAAAGAUAUACAUGCAUGGUAAAUGAGCUAGUUAGUGAUGGUUUGUUUUUUAAAGAGUUAGAAAGCGAUGUGUCUAAUGAUUCUGAUAUGGGUUAUCUUGUCAGUGACUGAGCUCGCCGAGUGCUUACCUUCUUCUUCCUGUGAAAUAUUUUACUAAUAUAUUAUUAUAUAACAUUUUACUAAUAAUAUAUUUGUGAAAUAUUUAACGUAAAUGACAACUUAAGUAACAAUCUAAAAUAGAACCAAAAAUUAUGAUGUUAGGAUUUAUUUAUUUAGUUUUGUGAUUUCCCCCCUGAAGUUAAGCUUAGUGAUCCAAAACUCCCCAUACUGUGGGACAAAUGCUUUUGACUUCCUUCUGUCCCGAGAGAACAUCUUAAACAAAUCUCAUGUUUGACACAUUCGUGACGACAUGCCAUAUCAAAAGGGUUGGAAAAAAUUAUCAGAAAGAAAAUGGUUCAUUGAGAAGUAUUUUGUAUUAUGUUUCAAGAUAUUUAUUGUAAUCUUAGUGCUGGAAAUGCACUGGGAGCCGCUGUCCAACUUAUGGCUGCCUCUUUUAUUUCACGUGCACGGAAUCUUAUUUCAUGCUUUAAGUAGCUGUUCAAAACUUACUACAUCCUCUGCUGCAUUAGUGCCAGGGGGGGACCUUCAUAGGUAUCAAGAGGCUUUUCUGCAUGAGAUGCAGAUUCAAAAGACCCAUGUUCCAGUUUUUAUUAGUAUAUGUAGGGCGCAGCAAGGACACAGUGGGGGGAGCUGGUCACAGACAUGCCUAGGAAGUUUUCAGUUGUCAACCUUGCCUUGAGAAGACGAGGGGAGCCUUAGGGCCAAGGGAACUAACUGGCAUGGUCCGCAGGAGGGUAGCACACUCCUCCAUUAUAAAAGAACUUCACAAUGAGUAUUCAUGAAACAGGUUAAAGACAAGUUCCGAAUAGCACCGGUAACCAUUCUAGAUAAUGUAUGCUUUCGAGUAAAGAAGAAAUCCAACUUUGAUUUCUGAUAAAAAUGCAAAUUAUAUGCAUGCUUUCAUUAGAACUACAUGUAAAAUGUAAUUCUCUUGGAAACAAGUUAACUUUGGCAUGUGAAUAAUCUCUGUUUUGAAACCUCAGUAUCGCAAAAGAAAUGACUAAUUAUGUAGCAGUAAAUAAGUGUGUGUUGUAUCAGCAUUAAAAAAAAAAGUACUGGAAAAAUUUUUAGAUGUAGGAAAAGAAAAGUAUGAGAAUAUUUUUUAUGUCUGUUCACAGCUUGAUUUAACUUGAUAACUUUUGUAGCUAUGUAUAACACUAAAUUCUUGAUUGUAAUUUUUUUCUGAAAGAGUUUUAAACAGCGUUAUAAAUGUCUGCUUAGAAAAUAAUUUCAGAACCAUCAAAUACCUGCACUCUAUUAAAAUUCAUUUUGCUGUCUCCCCCACACGCUUGUAUUGGUAGUUUUUAUUAUAUUACUUUCACUGAUGGGAAACAUGUAGGUAUUAGAUAUUUGUAUUGAUUAAUGAUAUGAGAAUUGUAUACACAAGUAUUAUGUAGACCUUUUUAUUUCUUAAAUCAUGUCUUUUCGUAAUGCCAAACUUUAUGUUAAUGUUCAAUUGGUGUCUAAAUUCUUAUCUGAAAUUUUGGUAUUUCUAAAGCAGAGUAGAAUUUUUAAAUAACUUUUUUUAAAGCAGAGUAGAAUUUUCUGAAUAACUUUUUUUCAUGCUUAAAUAAAGAUACUGAACUUUUUGCACACUUAUAUACAUAACAUUUUCAUAUUUAUUAUUGGGGGGGAAUACUUAAAAAGAUAGCAUGUUUCUGUUUUGUUUUAUCAACAAAUUGAUUCACAAACCCGUAAAUAGAAUUUUUGAAAAUUAAAAAGGCUAAAACAGUUAUUUUUAAUUUUCGUUUUCAGUGCGUUUCUCUGUCCUAGUUUUUAGUUGCUGUGUAAAUAUAUUGUUUCACAUGUAAUGAAAUCAAAAAUAGUGUGUAUUUAUUAUAGCAAAAACUACCUGGUGCUUGGCCCAGUACAUGCAUCUGAGAGAAAAUAAUUAAAAUAUAUCAUCAUCAUUAUUAUUUUUGAUUUUGGUAACCUUUAUGAAAUUCAAAAUAAAUAAAGUAGAUAAAAUAUCUAAACUUUUAGGAGCUCCUUCGCCCAUAAUUUUUUUUUUAACUUCUGUUAAUUGUAGAAAGUACAGUAAAUAAAAUUUUCAUCCACUGCCACAUAAACUGAUAAAGUAGUUGGAAGUAUUUAUCAGUAAUCCCUUCUUCCUUUAUAAACUGCAAAUAAGUGUAAAUGUUAUAAUGUGUUUCAUGUCUGUUCAUUAUUUAAAAAUAAUUUUGUAAAACAAAAGAGAAGUAGAAAGAAGUGAGGUAAAAAUAAAAAGAUUUGGGAAAUCGGAAAGCAAAAUAUUUUUCUAUUGUUGGGUAUCCGAAUUUGGGAUUAUCUACUGUAUGUUCAAGCUUUUCGCAAAUGUUAAUUCAUUGUUCUGUGUGUUGUGUUUCCUUGACUUAUAUAUCCUGAAUGUAUCUUAGUUACUAUAAUGAUAGAAGUUUUAAGCUUCGUUUGAAAUAUUUUCACUUCUCAAAAUAUGCAACUUAAAAGCUGAAAAAGAUUUUUGUAUUAUUAAAAAUAGGGGAAAAGUAAGAGCAUACUGAUAUAAAUCUUGAAAACUCCCCCCCCCCAAAUGCAAAAUUUUUCAGCAUAGAGAAGAAUUUUUUUUAACAUGGUAUGUUUUUAUCAAACACGGUCUUUUUUGCAGUUAAUGUAACUUUACUGUAUUUUUAGAAUUUAAUAUUUUACUUUAAAAAUUUUUAUUGUGUUAAUGAAAAAAUUAUUUAGCAUGCUAUGCAAAUCCAUUGUAUGAAUUUAGCUUAAAUGUGUAAAUUGAGUGCAUCUUUUCUCAAGUAUCUCCCCCCGUGCCAGUUAGUAUAAGGCAAUGAUUUAUAUAUUGUAAUUGUUUCUCUUGUGUUAGCAUUAAAUUUAUAAGAAGAUUUUUUUUUUUUUUCAUGUGUAUUUGGGAAAAUGAAGUUUUGAACUUUUUCUUCUUUCCUUCCUUUUUUUUUUUAAUGCAUUAUUUUAUAGUAAUUUUGUAACUUCUUGCCGUAAUGUAUGCCAUUUGCUUGGUAUUUGCAAUUCCAGACUUUGUAAAGGAGAUGUAUUCUGGUUAGUGAAAGCAUAAGCACUGUGCUAGUAUUGUAAUGUUAGGCAUGGACAAAAUCAAAUUAUUAUGAGUCUUUUAGAUUAUAAGUUUUAGUUUUUUAAACCCAUUUUCGUUUUAUUGCUGUUAUUGAUGUAAUUUGUAUAUGAAUUCAAAUAGGGUUUUUUUAUGUUGGACAUUUUUUAUAAUUUAGUUUGCAAUUAAAUAGGGGCACAUCUUUAUCAUGAAGUAUUGUCUUAGUUUUAUAUCUGUUCAUGCCUAAUCCUUAUAUGCUGUUAUUAAUCAUCAUGAUUAUUGAAUCAUCUUCCAUAAUGCCACAGAUGGCAUCUCAUCAAAUAUCAGUACCUGUCUGUCAGGGGAGCAGAGUUUCAUACUAAAAAAAUUACAAUAUUUCUGGAAGUGCCUCUUUGUUGUCGUGAGAGACCUGGAACUCUCCUCUCCUUAAAUGUUUUUUUAAGUAUUUUGGGAAAUAUUUCAUUUUUGUCAGACCAUCGAGGAUUGCCGUUUAUUCAUCUGUAGGUCAGAAAAAAAAAGAUUCUGAUUUUAUUUUUAUACUGUAGUUUCUGUGUACAGGUAAUGUCUGCUGUGUUGUAAACAAAACGUUCUGAUGUAAGUUUUUCAAUUAAUGUGAAUUUUCCACUUUAUUGAAUUCAGUACAGUUUAAGCUUUUAAAAAAAGGGGGUAAGUUGCUCAUUAUAUCUGACUGUUUCAGGGUAUUUUUCAGGUUUGUUUCAGAUCAUUAGAAUGUAGGUAUAGGUAGUAUUUAAAACUGUAUGGAAAUUAUAUAGAUUACAACUAGAUUAAAUAUGUAGACUUGGAAACACACACAGAAAACCAGUUGUUUCUGUUAGGCCCACUCUGUGUGUACUUUAUUUUGUAUUUAAUAUUACUUAAUUUUGCAAUUAAGGAAAGUUUUAUAAAUAUUUUGUUACAUUGUUUCAUCAUCUUAAUAUACAUUCUCAUCAUUAUAUAGAAAUAUUUACAAGUUAUUAAUAAAUAGUGCAUGAGAUAUAGUUAAUCUCUUUAUAAAUCUUUGGUCUUGUACUUACAUGUCUGUUUUCAUAUUACACUAUAGCUUAGGGCUCAUAGUUGCAAGAAGGACCAAUGAAUAAAUAUGGGAAAAAAAAAAAUCCGUGUUAUGAAGGGGAUUUAGAUUUUUUGCUUGAAUUUAAAUUUCAUUUAAAGCCAAAUUUGGUGACUCUAUUCUGAAUUUAAUAAUAAUAAAAAAUUUUUUUAAUUAAGGUAAAGUUUCCAAGCUUCCCAUGUGUGCUUUUAGAGCUCAUAUUGGACCAAAUAAUGAAAUCGCUUUAUUUGGCUUAGUUUAUGCUUUUAUGUAUUGUAGAACAAUGAAAACAUGUUUUUUCCUGCAUAAAAAGUAACUUUUCAUUAAUUGUUGAAUUCCAGCUUCAGAUUAAAAAUUAGAACCUUUUUAACAUUGUGUAUUCAGUGCUCAAGAGCAUUAGCAUUUGAUUGGAAAACUGUCUGUUAACCAUUAUUUUUAUAGAAAGAAAAGUUUGAAGUUAGUGUUCUACAUUUUUUGUAGUGUAGCUUAUGUUACUCUUAGUAAUAUAUGUAUAUAAAUACCAGGGGGUUGAUGUACAUCAAAAUCAAUAUUUUUAAUGAGUGCACAAAAUUGUGAUGUGCACAUAAAUUCUUUAUAGCAAUUGUUUUUAUCUAGAUUUUUAAUUCAUACUGUACUGGUUUAAUUGGAAUUUUUAAUUAAAAAAGCAAAUGUUUUUAUUGUACUUAUUUUCUGUUUUUAUUGGUAUUUUUAGCAUUUUAAACAUAUUCUAGUCUUCUGUGUUAUUUAACAUAGAAAUAGGAAAUAAUUAUCAUUUUAGCACUUCUGAAAUCGUUGUAGAUAAACAUAUUUCUUUACUCUUUAAAACACAGUUCUCUUUUAAUAUUUUCAAAAGUACUUUCAUACGGUAAUAACUAAUAUUUUUUGGAUUACAGAUAUUUUAGAUUGUUUAAAAAUUAAACCAUAGUUUGGAUAAUGAAUGUUUAACAUUUUGAAGAAGUACUUAAUGUCUUUUUAUCCCCCCCCCCUUUUUCAAAAAGACGUGACAGACUUUUGAAUUAGGCAUGAAAUCAGGUUUAUACUGAAUUUUCCUUUUACAUAAUUGUGCAUAAUUAUUUACAUAAUCAUUUAAUUUAUUUGUGCUGUUAGUGUACAUUUUUUUCACAUGAAUUUUCAUUUUUAGACUUAUUUUGCUUGAAAUUCUUUACUUUGUGUUUUAAAAAUCCUUUUUGAUAAAGUACAAAUAUAGUAGUAUGUGUAGAGAAUUUUGAAUAUUAAGAUUUCUUUUAAGCAUCGUGGAAGGAAAUGAUUCUCAAUUUUUUUAAUAAUCAUUUUCCUGUAAAAUAAGGGUAUUCAUUAUGUAAAUUUUAUUAAGUCCCAUUAUAAGUAAAUAUAACUUCAUUGCUUUGAAAUAUUACACCUUUUUGUAUAUAUGUAUAUGUUAUAUGUGUUUAAUAUUUCCUUAUUUAAUAUCUAGUGAUUAUUAAUACAAGAUUGUUUCAACCUGUUACGUAGAAGUACAAGGUUAAAAACAUUUAUUUUGAAGGACUAAAUAUACAUGUACAAGUGUAGCUUUGUCAAGAUUUCAUUUUAAGUAUUUUUCUGUUUUAAGCUUUUGCAGUUCAAGACUAUCAUUUAAUUGUGCGUUCUGUUAAAUAUAGUUUGAAGUGCUUUUCAUCUUUCAAAGAAAUUUUAUCUGUUCUUUUAUUGUGACAUUUAUUUUCCGUCCAUAUGUCUAAAUGAAAAUAACUUUAGAACAAACUUUUUUUCAUUCAUUCCUCAACUGUUAAGAAUCUUAAUGUUAUACAUUAAUAAUUGUGUUAUUAAAGUUAUAGUGAAUAGAGCUAGUUUUACUUCCUUUCAUUUUAAAAAUCAUUUCUUGGUCAAUUUUUGCUUCAAAUUUCAAAGCCAAAUUAAAGAUCAGUGAUUGAUGUUUGUGUGUAAAAUGUGUAUAUUUUAAAUGCUCUGAAUCUAUGACUGAUAAUUUUCCUCAUUAAAAACAUUUUUGAAUGAAGUGACUUUUAAUAAGUAUUAGAUUAGAAUAUUAUUACUCUUUGCCGUAGUUGUGUAUAAAUGCGUGUAAUUUCUUUGAACCCCAAAAUGAUUGGAUGUAGACUUAUAUCAAAUAAUUUUUGUCUUUCAAUCUGUAUUAGCUUAAAAUUUAUAAGUUAUGAAAAUGAAAACACUUGAUUAGGAAAUGGGUGGAGGGGGUUAUCAGUGCACUUUUUUCAGUUUAAUACAUGUAAUAUAGGUAUAAAUUCACUGUUAAUUAUUUAUAUUUUAAUAUUGUAAUCCAACUUGUUACUAUGUUGUUCAUAUUUUUAUACUUACACAGUUUCUGUUACCAUGCUGAAGAAUAUUUCCUUUUAAUUUAUUGUAUAAAUUUGGAUAAAAAUACUUUCAUGAAACCAUCUAUUAAAUGUUUUCUUAUGGGAUUAGGAUUAUUAUAUUAUCCUGGUCUUUUACAAAGUGCAUAUUAUUUAUUUUCAAUUACUCCUGCGACAUAUAUUUUCUGUUACUAUAAAGAAAUGAAUUUUAUGUAUUUGUAGAAAGCCUUCUGGUUUUUGUCAUGAUAUUUGCAUGUUGUACCUGUGUGAUAAAGUAAAACUAAGCAAAGUUCUUUUUAUAAUGUGCUAUUCCUAUAUAUUUCAUUUUGGGUUUGUACUUUCUUGAUUCUAAGCUUUCUUAAACUUUUCUGUUGACAAAUUUUGGUGUGUUAACGUUUUGUAAUUAAUCAUUGAUCUUCUCAACUUGAUUCACUGAGCUUUAUCCAUUAAAAAAUGUUAUUUCUUGCUAGAAUACAAAAGUGUCAAACUAGAAUUUGGCAAAAUCGAAAAUUUUAUUUGCAAAUUGUGUAAGAGUUGUAUCUUUCUCUUUCUACUUGUGAAUUAUUACUUUUUAUGUCAAAAAGAAACUAAAGAACUAUAAUUUGAACUUUUUCCAUGUUAUAUGGUGAAAUUAUAUCAUAAAUUUAUGCAUUUGUAUGUAGUUUAUAUUAAAAUUGGGAUAUGCAUCUGAAAUUUUUUAUUUGAUGUAUUGGACAAGCCAUUGUUUUGUUGUUAGCUAUGAAGGUAAGGAAAUCUGAGCUCCAAAAAUAUGGUCAGUAAACAGUUUGAGAGCUUUAUUAGCAGUAGUACUUUAGAGUGGGCCUUUUCUUCUUUUUUGUUUAAAUUUUAAAUGAACUGCUCUAAAAUAAUUGCAUAACUUGUGUUUUGAUCCACAGUCGUUCAAUAACAUCACAUGACAUUUUACAAAUGGAGUAAUUGAUGUAGAUUGUUAUAUAUUUUUUCAGCUGCAGAAAUGAGUGCCAUAUUCCCAAGCAUGUUAAUUUUCUUGUGUCAUUUUUGGAAGGUCCUCUAUCAGUAUAUUUGCUAAGGAAAUGUGUUGUGAUCAUUUCUCAUGUAUGUGUCAUUUAUGUACCUAUGUCCUGUAUUUUCUCCCUUGAUGUGUAAUUUAGAAAAGUUAGACUGAGCAGUAAAACUUUGGAGUUGGUGAAGUAA